AUGCGUGAUAGGCUGACUACUCGUGAUCGUUUAAGAGGAUGGGGACUUGAUAUUCCACCUGGUUGCCUUCUGUGCGCCUCAGCAUCGGAAUCAAGAGGGCAUCUCUUUUUCAAUUGCAGUUAUUCAAAUGAGGUCUGGACGGCCUUUUUUAACCAUCCGGAACUUUCUCCUCCGGUGCUCUUUGAGGAUAUUGUUUCCUGGGUACAAUCUUCAACUAGAAACAAGAAGCUCAAAUCAAUUGUGAAACUCAUUUUUCAUGCAGUGGUGUAUUAUAUUUGGAAGGAGCGUAAUUACAGGCUCCACUCCUCACAGGUGAAGACGCAACAAGCAGUUGUCAAAGAGAUUCAGCUUCUCCUUCGAGCUAAGCUUGCUGGUCUAGAUAAAGACGGUGUUGGUCGGCUGAUCCAACCAUCUGCUAUCUUGAACCCGUCAAAUUCUGAGUCAUAUUUGUUAACAUGGUUCCGCUGGUUGAAAUUUUAA